AUGUUUGUGAAUUGACAGAAAGUUUGAACUUGGCUACAAGUGUAUUUGCAGAUAAUGUACGUAAAAAAAUCACUUGCGUUGAUUGAUAACUUCCAUUUGUUAUAGAAUCAGAAUUGAUAUUUGGCUAUUCGUAACAGUAAAUGAUAUCUGGAAAAUGUUUAUCAAAUCACCAUGGGUAACCUCGUAGUGACACAGCCAGUGAAAGAAGCACACACAAGUGAAAACAAAAAUUGGUGAUGAUGCAAAAUGAUGUUAUAUCAACAGAAGGAAACCAUGAUUUCUUGAAGUUUACACAAAGUGAUACUGGUUCUGAUGAUUAUGUCACAGACACCAUAGACAACCUAUUGAACUCAGACAAAGCGUUCACUGAAAACAUAACAGAAGACAGCCUAGUUGUUCACACAGAAGUGGUUGGGGUAGAUGAAGACAUUGAAUUGAAUACAAUAAAACAUGAAGCAAUGAACACAAACGCUUCUGUCACGUUGCAAAGAUCGAAUGAAGGUUCAAGAAAGAACAAACUUGCAAACAAAAAAUUAAAACUCAUAAAAGUAUUUAACAAGGAGGAAAUAAGGCAAUGCGAGACAAAACACGUUUGUCCUCAUUGUCAGCUGUCAUUUCGAACUCGCUUAGAUUUACGUCAUCAUCUCCGUGGACAUAAAUUCUUGUCUUUAUUUCGAUGCGAGGUUUGUGGAAAAGGCUUAUCUAAUAAAAUCCUGUUGUUAAAGCAUCUCGCCAAACAUUACACAAUCACAGAUACAUCAGAGAAGGAAGCAGGGUCAAAAAUAGCCAGGUGUAAAAUUUGCGGCUGUUCUUUUGCUUCGAAGAACUUUCUUCAAUUCCACAUGGAAUCGUGUAUCUGUAACAAGAAAUCAUGGAGUUACUUUAUGUGUCACAUGUGUAAAAAAUCAUUCAAGUUGCUGGAGCUGCUAGAAAAACACCUCAGUACGCAUUCGCUCAUUGAAUGUCCCGUUUGCUUUUUAAAGUUCUGCACAUUUAGUCUGUAUAAAGACCAUGUUGGCCAUCAUACUAAAGAAGAAAUUGAAGAUUACAAAAGCUUAAAAGCACUGAAAAUUAAAUCCAAAGGCUUUCCGAAACGGACCACCACUGCAAAGGAUACCAUUUCUGAUAAAACAGUCGGCAAGAUAUUUAGCUGUUCAACGUGUGAUAAAAAUUUCACUCGGAAAACAGAUUUAGAUCAGCAUGUUUACACACACACUGGAGUGGCGCCUUGGAAGUGUCCAAAGUGUGGAGCUAUAUUUUUCACAAGUACGAAAUACAAAGAACACUAUCUUACAACGCACGAGCAGGUCGAUAAGCCGUUCUUUUGUAAUUUAUGCAAGAAAGGCUUCAGCAAUCCAGAAGGUUUGCGCGCACAUGAAAGGGCUCAUAAAGGCAUAAAACCGUUCCAGUGCGACAUUUGUAAUCGAAGAUUCACUCAGCGUGGUAAUUUGAAGGACCACUUUCUUAUUCACACGAAUGAAAGACCAUGGAAGUGUGACCAGUGUGAAAAGUCUUUUAAAAUUAAGGGCGAUUUGACCAAGCAUUUUGUAGUUCACUCGGGUUUAAAAAAUUUCGAAUGCAGUUACUGCGAAAAGAAAUUUUCUCGUCAAUCGUAUCUCACACGUCAUAUACGCACUCACACGGGGGAGCGACCAUAUGUAUGCGACAUAUGCAAUAAAGCAUUCAGUAGGAGUGAAAAUUGUCAAGAUCACAGAAGAAUACAUACAGGUGAAAGACCCUACGUUUGUCAUUGUGGUGCUACUUUUAAAGAUUCAGGAAAUUUUUGUAACCAUAAAAAAAUCCACGAUCCUAAUCAUCCUAAAAGGAAAAGAAAUAAAAACAAACAACUUUCAGAAGCCGCGGUGGCCAGUGCAGAGACACCAAUCGAACAAACUACGACGUAUUCGAAUCCUUUUAUACAAGUGCUUCCCUUUACUGCUACGGCGGAUGAAAACCAGGUCAACAGUACAAACCAAGCGUACUUUUUACAGUUGGGAAGUAUACUAGGGUUGGAUAACGCAGCUGACAGUGUGAGUGAUAGCACGGCGGGAAAUGAUAAUCAGCAACCAAUGGUCACAUUUGCUAUCAAUGAUGUACGUUUAUUAAAUCUCAUACAAUCAACGGGUGUGCCUGUCCAGGGAUUUCAAGUCGAACAAUCUGUUAUUUCUGGUGAAACUUUGCCAAACCUUAUGACAGACGUUUCUUCACAACUUGCUACUGACAUAGACAUGACGGGCGUUACAAAUAAUUUUAACGUAAGCGGGACGGGCGGUAUUACGCCCGGUAUGAUUGCAAACGAAGGGGAUGUUCAAGACGUUAUGGCUUCUAAUUGUGUUAGCGAAAUCAUGCUUGAUGAAAAUAAAAAUGGCGCUGAUGUUGUGAAUUCGGUUAGCAUGAACGAAGAUGGCGAAAUAGCAGAGCAAUGCAUUACUUUUUCAACCAUUAUGAAGGAGGACAUGACGUCAGAUGUGUUAGAAACGUAGCUACGUGAACCUGUUUAUCGGAUUCGAUUAUUCGGAUUUUUAGUGAAUGUGAAAUAAAUAAGAUUUCCUAGUUUGUGUUUUUACAUUAAAUAUUAUGAGUGGUUUUAUGUCUUUGAUGAAAAAACUUAGUUCCAGCUAAACUAGGAAUUUUUUUGACUUGAUAAAAUUGUACGUUGUAUUUAAAACCAUAACAGUCUUGAUGAUUGUUAAAGACAAAAUGAGUAGCCAUGUAAAAA